AUGCAAAAGACUGAUUAUGAAACUGUUGGUUGGUUAUAUAUAUUAUUCUGUAUUAUGUUUAUAUUAACUGGUUUAACUAUAGUUGCAUCGAGUGGUAAUUUGCUUAUCUUACGUUUUGUUGAAACAAAUACUAAGCGUUGCCAACAUGAAAGAUAUGAAAUGGAAGAACGACGUCGACAACAAGUUCGUGUUAUUGGUGAUGUUAUAUCAUCGAAUGGCCGCCUCGUUACAUUAGAAGAUGAUGAAGACACUCCAUCAUUUUUUACUACAAAUGCUCCUCGACGUAUAACAGUAGAUAAUGGUUCAGUUACUUUAUCUCUUUGUUCAUGUCGUGCUCAGUCAUCAAUAGCAUCAUGUGUACCAAUGUCAUGUAAAAAACGACUUAAACGUAAACAACAAACUGUAUUAAUUAAUUCGAAACAAUCAUUAGCUAAACUUCAAAUAAGUCCUACAAGAACAUUACGACAAGAUAUCCUUGAUUCAUUACAAAGAAAAUCUCCAAUCGAUAACAAUAGUGGUUUGCACAGAUCUACUCUUUUAUUAGAUAAGAUUCAUAAACGAAGUUCAAUAUAG